AUGUCUGGUGGACACAAAGUAAUCGCAACGGAAACUAUAAGUCAAAAAUAUGGUCAAAUUGAUGAAGUUCAAUAUGAAUAUGACGAAAAUAAUUAUGGAGAAGGUAAAAAAUAUCAUAUCAGAUGGUCUCGACAAGAAUACGAACGGAUUACAUCGAGAUUAUACAAACCAUCAAUGUCGUAUGAUAAAUUCAUCAAAGUACUACGCACAUUUAUGCUGGGAAAAUAUGCAAUUGAAGAUGUUCCGGAAGCAUUUCGUCUUCUUGAUACUAACCGUUCUAACACAAUCGAUAUCACUGAAUUACAUGAAUUUAUAUGUGUCAUCUUGCCAAAAGCAAAUCCAUAUUUACUUCUUCAUCAAAUAAAAAAGGCUGAUAGAGAUGGCGAUUAUAAGCUGAAUUUCAAUGAAUUCAAAUCGUUUAUCGAACAAGGCUUCGGUCGAGAUGUAUCGACUCGUCAACGCCGAGAAAUUGACAUUAGUGAAGAUGAUGUUCUAAUAUCUGAGGAUAGAAGCUGUAUGUUCUAUGCCGAUAAAUUAUAUUGGGGAGAUGCUCAUGAACAAGAAUCUUCAGCUGGAAAUUUUACACUUGAUCUAGAUAGAAGUUCAUGUACACAAGAUCAAAAUGUAACAUCAGGUGGAAAUAUGACUUCAGUUGUUCUUGAUUUAUAUUGGGAUGAUGGAACAAAUGAUACAGUUGCUAUGACUUUAAUUGCAAAAGUAACUGAUCGUUAUUGGUAUUUAGAAAAAGCAAUAAUGAACGGUUCUGAAUAUCGUUAUUUUGCUUAUGGUAUGCAUAGUCAAAUGGAAACACCAUCAACUUAUUCAUAUGUAUGUAAGACUGCCGUAUUUGUUAAAUAUGAUUCUGCACCACGAUAUGGUUUAUAUGAUUUUGAAAAUAAAUUCUUUUUAACAAAUAUACAAGUAAACGAAUUACUAAACAAUUGUUAA